AUGAGAGCUUUCACCGCAUUGCAAAUCGCAAUCGGACUCGUAACGAAACCAGCUAUUGCGAACUAUUGGGAAACCAUCAGCGGUGUAUUGGCAACAUUGGGAUUUGGAGAGGUUAUGCCAAGGAAUAGGUAUCAAUUGUUAAAAGGUUUCCUCCACUUUAACAACAACGAAAGCAUCAUCACCGGCGGAAAUCCCGGAUUCGACCCAAUGUUCAAAACUAGACCCCUUAUCGACAAAUUGGUGCCACAAUACAUGGACUCCUACGAACCUAGUUGCCAUCUGAGUGUGGAUGAAAGCCUUGUGCCAUUCAAGAGGCGCCUAGCUUACAAGCAGUAUGUCCCAAAGAAGUGGGGUAUAAAGAUGUGGGUUCUGUGUGACGCAGAGACUGGAUUUUGCUUGAAGUGGCUUCCAUAUACAGGAGCAGAGAUUUGUCCACCUGGAGCUUCAGACAGCAUUAGCGAAAGGAUUGUGAAACGACUUGUGGAGCCAUACUUUGGAACGGAUCGCGCUGUCUACUGUGACAAUUUCUACACAUCGGUCGGACUUUUACAAGACCUUGCGGCCAAGGACGUGGGUGUGUGCGGUACAGUGAGAUCGAACAGACGAGGACUUCCGGAUGAUGUGCGUAAUGGCCAGCUGCAUCUGAAGAUUGGCGAUGAUCCGGUAUUCUACCGAAGUAAUGACGACAUGCUUCUUGUCAGUUGGCAUGAUACCAAACGCGUCAAUGUCCUGUCUAACGAUCGACGAUAA